AUGGAUAAUGAGCAACAGUCAGUAAGUAGUGAUACCGAGUUGGAAAGUGGGACACAAAGUAAUGUUAGUGACGUAGUUCAGGAAGUACAAUGUGAGAAUCUGGGGGCAGAAGGACAAGAAAUGUUGCCAUUGCCACCCAGUGAUUCAGUUGAUAGCGGAAAUACUGUGCCAUCCGCAAGCACUGGACACGGACCAGAGAGUGGUGAGGUGUCAGAAGUGCAAUCAUUAAGAGUUAUGUUCGAGCGCAUGCUCAAUUUCCAAGCUGAAUUUGUACGUGUGCAAGCAGAGCGUGAUAGAGAACGUGAUGCUAAACAAGCAGAACGCGAUAGAGAACGUGAUGCUAAACAAGCAGAACGCGAUAGAGAACGUGAUGCUGAACAAGCAGAGCGUGACCAGAGAUUGGUAGCUGAAUUUGCCAAACAAGCAGAGCGCGAUAGAGAACGUGAUGCUAAACAAGCAGAGCGUGACCGACGCCUGCAUGAGAGGGACUUGCAGUUGAUGCAAACUUUAGAAGUUAUGCAAAGUGAGAUUGUUAGUUUGAAACAAAAAUAUGAAACCAUACCCAAAACGGUGCAAGAAUUAAGCGAAAGAGUAGAUAGUGUUCAAGUGGCUAACGCCAAUAUAGUAGAGGAAAUCAGUGUCCUGACUAAUAGGGUCGAACAACUAGAAAUUGACACAACUCAAGUAAUUGAGAACAAAGUGAUCGAACAAGUGCACAAAGUAGAAAAUGAAGUCAUAAAAGAAAUUGAUCAGAAAGUGCACGCCGCAAUUGAGGCCAGAGAUGUGGGCUCAAGUGCGGAUGUGCAAGAUCUAAAAAGGAUAGUGCACAAAGACAUUCCGCUGUGGCAGCGGAGUGUGGACCGUCGUCUUGCCGAGAUGGAGCUUAGCUUGCGGCAUGACGAGGCACGGGCGUAUGUCACGCCAGCCAGGUCCAACAAUGAUAGGCGUAUAAAUACUGCAGUAAAAAAUUGCGACUGCGGGACAGAACAGGCAACCAAUGUAUGA